UUACAGUUCAGCAGGCCCACUAGUUUUCGGCAGUAGUUUUAAUUCCCUGAAAGGAGUAUACACCACAGCGCAAGUGUCGCUGGUUUUCCUGCGAGGGACACCAGACGUUCAAUUCCACUUCCACCAGCAGUUCCAAUUUAGAAUUUCGUCCGGAGCGUCAUCGAGUAUUUUUGUGCAGAAUUCACCGAAAUGGCGCCGACCGUAACCCCAUGGCCGAACUUCAAAGAGGACGAAGACGCGCAAAUCCUCAAGGACUCCCUCGACGGGCUGGGCACCAACGAGGACUCCAUCGUAGAGAUCCUCACCAAGAGGACCAACGAGCAACGGAGGCAGAUCGAGGUGGCCUACAAGACCAUGUUCGGAGAGGAUUUGAUUGAGGACCUGAAGGGCGACCUCGGAGGCGAUUUCGAGCGCGUUAUACUCGCUCUGUUGAAGGAGCCGGUGGAGUACCAAGCCGAGGAGUUGCACCACGCCAUCAGCGGCAUGGGAACCGACGAUCCUACCGUCGUCGAAAUCCUCGUCGUUCACGGCAACGAGGAAAUCCGGCAAAUAGCCGAUAAAUACCAAGAACUAUACGAAACUUCCCUCGAAGAUGCCAUCAAGGGCGACGAAUCGGGAACGUUACAAAGACUUCUAGUCUCUCUUUCCACGGGUGGUAGGGACGAAUCAGGUGAAGUAAACAGGGACGGCAUCGUCGCCGACGCCCAGAACCUCUACGACGCCGGUGAAGCCUCCUGGGGCACCGAAGAGUCCGUCUUCAACUCCAUACUGUGCAUCAGGAACAGAGAGCACCUGCGGCUCGUCUUCGACGAAUACGAAACCAUGACCGGGCACUCCGUCGAAGAUGCCAUCGAUAACGAAUUCUCAGGUAGUACCAAAGAUGCUUAUUUGGCGUUGGUGAUGGCCGUGCGGGAUAGACCGAUGUAUUUGGCGACGAGGUUGCACGAUGCCAUGGCGGGAAUGGGUACCGAUGAUAGAACGUUGAUUAGAGUAAUAGUGUCGAGGUCGGAAAUCGAUUUGGAGGAGAUAAAAGAGGCCUACGAGGCGAAGUAUUCGAAAAGUUUGUCCGAUAGAGUUGCGAGCGACGAAUCUUCGAGCACCAAAAAAAUUCUACUUGGGUUGAUCGAAUAAACAAGAUUGAAGGCAAAGUUGCGGCUCAAACAUGCGAGCUUUCGACACUAAAUCGCUAUAUUUUCGCAAUUCGUUUAGAUCGCACAUCGAACAAAAUAAUAAUUUAUUUUAGAAACGUUUAGUCGUUGACCUAUUGGCUUUUAUGAUAUAUAUUUUAUGAAAGUAUUUUUUAGAUGUUUGAGCAAAUACAGUAUUUUUUAGAGUUCCAACGUUUUUUAUUUUC